CUGUCCCCAAACGCGAAGCCUAACACAAUACGCGCGGUGACUGGCCAUCGAAUACCAGCUACCUUCAACGCCAACCUGCCUACCUUCAAGAAUUGUUUAUUUAAUUUAAUGGGCAGUAAGAAUGACGUCCAAAUGGGGCGAAACGGGCAUCCUGCGCAAGAAAAAAACCAAGGAGAAUUUUGACGACCUGCUGGUGUUCGGGUAUGCGUGCAAGCUGUUCCGAGACGACGAGCGUGCGCUCUACAUUGACCAAGGCAAACAUUUGAUACCAUGGAUGGGCGACGAACGACUCAAAAUAGACCGCUAUGAUGGACGUGGGGCUUUGUCCGAUUUAUCAAGCUGUGAAGCGUCUCGUGAGGGCUAUGAUGCUACAAGAUGGUUGGGUCGCAGUGAAGCUGAAAGGAAACUUGAGCAGCUGUGUGAUGAAGAACGUUAUUAUUCAUUACACAGUAAUGAAGAGGAAGAAAACGUGUAUAAAGAGGAGGAAUUAAAAAGACAGAAAGCAAAUGAAUUUCAAUAUAAUUAUGAUGCCGCGGCCGAGUCAGAGGAAAGUAACAAUCCUGUAGUGUCUACCUGUGAGGAAGAAGACAAAGAAUUCAUUCCACCAAAAGGAUUGGAUGUGCCUGUGGAUAUAGUGAUUCCGAAAACAGUGAAAGAAAACGCGCGCAUUGAGAAAACCGCGCAGUUUGUGUCCCGGCAAGGCCCACAGAUGGAGAUAUUGAUAAAAGCAAAGCAGAGUAACAAUCCACAGUUUGCUUUUAUGAAUAAAGAUGAUCCACUGCAGAAAUACUACCGACAUUUGUUAAAUUCCAUUAAAUCCGGACAGUAUAAACCGCAAGAAGAGGGAACAUUAGAAGAAAAUGGCGACGAUAAUACAGCAAGUGCGAGCGUAAAUGCUGGCGAGAGCGAUCAUUAUUUGCAUCCGUUGCUAGCGACGACCGUCACGAGCUUGCCCGCGGCCCAAACGGUGAACGCCAUGGCGCCGCCGGCGCCCGCGCUGCAGUACAAACCGACGGCGGAUUGUGCGUACACGCAGCUGGUUUCACGUAUCAAGGGGUCCGUGGAGAAACACGAUGAGACGGCGCCAUCCACGCAGAAGCAGGAGCAGGAAAUGUCGGAUAACUACAACCAGUAUUAUGAAUCGCAGUACUACCAGUUCUAUCAUCAGAUCGCUCAACAGUAUGCUACACAGGGAAAUUGUGAUAUUAAUGUAAUUCUUCAAAACAUUCAUUUGCAAGAGCAAAUACAACAGCAAGCUGUCCAAUAUGCGCAAGCAGCUUGCGCUCAAUACACCACAACUGUAAAAACCACUGGAGACGAACCAAAACCCGAGCCCGAACCGAAAGUGGAACCAAAAGAACAAAAGUUCAGUUUGGUGCAUUACAGUAGUGAUUCGGACGAUCAACUGGACGAGGAUGAAUCCCAAACGGAUGAAAGAACGUUUAUCAUCCCGCCGAAAGAUGUUGCCUUGAUUGUGGACAAAAUGGCGACGUACGUCGAAAAUGGCCCUUCUUUCGAGCAAAGCGUCAAGGAGAAGGGUGAUCCACGCUUUGACUUCCUGCAUGAUUCUCACAAAUACAACAAGUACUAUCAGUACAAAGUCAAUGAAUUCAGGUCGAAAUCAAGCAAUAUCUCACAAUCUCAAUCCACACAACCUAAGCCAACACCUCCGACUGCUGUGAGUUUCUCAAUAAAAAAACCUAAAGAGGAACCACAGAAAGACAUAAAAAGCGCCCUGCCGCUUGAGGAGAGCGACGAAGAAGGCGCAACGUCCAAGGACUCAGGUAGUAAGGUGCCUUCAAAGGUACAGCUGGUACCGAAAGUGGAGAACUCCACUGGCAAAACGUCCACAGAUAGCGCUCCUGUAACAAAUGGUAAGGUAUUAAGUGCAGAUUCGAUCAUAGAUAUGAUUGAUCUCACCGAGGAGGCUCUCGUAGAAAAGAAUGGCUUGACUCGCUUCGCCGAGGAACGCAUCAAAGACAGACUGGCAUCAGCUGUGCGCGGACGUGCGCUGCAAGCGGAACGUCGCAAACGCGCCGCGCUGUUCCUCAAAAUGCAAUCGGAGCGCAAAGCUGAUGAUAAAGAUGAGCGUUCCCGAACUGACGAUGCAACAACGCCCAGUGAAUCCGAUCCGGAAGAGGGCGAGAUUAAGACUAAACCGAAAGAACGCGAAAAACGAAGUAAAUCGAAACAUAAAAGUUCUAGAUCAUCUAAGCAUCGCAGUAGUUAUUCUGAUUCGAAAUCGAGGCAUCGCAAGCUGAAAAAGCGAAGAUACUCACCGCAAUCGUCUUCGAGCUCAUCGUCGAACUCCGAUUAAGUUUUCCCCUUUGUUUCUUUUCUACAAGCAAGAUGUACUAAACUAAUUGAUUGAAAUAAAUUCGACCAAACAUUUGA